CACGCCUUUACUACACGAGGCUCACUUGGCGCUGCCUGUAGACAAGGGUUCCCUUCCCAGAAGCUUUUGUGUGCGUUCUUGCCCCAAUGUUGCGGGAGCUUUCAAAGAAACACGCCCUCCCCUUGUUCGGGCGCUUGGCUCGUGGCUUGAGCGCCAGCGCCCUUCCUGAGCAGGCCUACCAUGAUCCGCAAUCGAGUCCCUCUACCAAUUCGGAGCCAGCACCGUUUUCUUAUACCCCUCCAGGACGGAAUCACUUGUUUGUGCCGGGACCUGUCAACAUCCAUGAACGUGUUCUCAGAGCCAUGAACGUGCCCGGCCAGAACCAUCGCGACCCUUGGUUUGCGCAAUUCUUCAAGGAUUGCCUUGAGGACAGCAAGCUUAUCUACGGCACCAAGGAGGCCACACCCUUCAUCUUCCCAGGGACCGGAACUGGAGGCUGGGAAGCAGCCCUAUGCAACACGCUCUCACCCGGCGACAAGGUCGUCUGCUUCCGCUACGGCCUCUUCUCGCAUCUCUGGAUUGACAUGAUGCAGCGCCUGGGCCUAGACGUCCACAUCGUUGACCGGCCUUGGGGUGAGGGCGCGGACGAAAACAUCCUUGAGGACAUCCUGCGCAAGGAUACCGAGAAGAAAAUUAAGGCGGUUUGUGUCGUACACAACGAGACAACGACCGGCGUGACGUCCGACAUUGCCGGCUGCCGUCAAGCCAUGGACGCGGCCAGCCACCCGGCUCUGCUGCUGGUGGACGGCGUGUCCUCCAUUGGAGCUCUGGAGUUCAAGAUGGACGAGUGGCGGGUGGAUGUGGCGGUGACGGGCUCCCAGAAGGCCCUCUCGCUGCCCACGGGCCUAGCGUUCGUGGCUGCAUCACCCAAGGCCCUGGAGGCCAUGAAGACCGCACAGCUGAAGCGCGUCUACUACGACUUUGCAGACAUGCUGCGGACCAACCCCUCGGGCAGCGUGCCGUACACCCCCUCCCUGCCGCUGCUGUACGGGCUGCGGGAGAGUGUACGGCUGUUGCGCGAGGAGGGCGGCAUGGGGGCGGUGGCGGCGCGGCACCACCGGCUGGCUGAGGGGGUGCGGCGGGCGGUGGAGGGCUGGGGGCUGCAGCUGCUGUGCAAGAACCCCAGGUGGUACAGCGACUCCCUCACCGUCAUCGAGACCCCCCCUGGAGUGGACUCCAACCGAGUGGUGGCGCUCGCGUACGCCAAGUACGACCUGUCACUGGGGAUUGGGCUGGCGCAGGUGAAUGGAAAGGUGUUCCGUAUCGGCCACCUGGGUAACAUGAAUGAGCUGAUGUUGGCGCGCGCUGCAGUACUGGGGGGGCAGCACUCCCGUGAUCCGCACCAGGGAGAGCCUCGUGGUGUGAGGGGGGCGGGGAGGGAGGGGGAAGUGGAUGUAUGGAAGAGGGGUUGAGAGAUGGAAAGGGCGCGAGGAGGAGAGGAACGGAAGAGGGCAAGAUGGCAGCUCGUAUGAUGCAAGUGAAAAUAUCACUAUACCAAUAGUAAAGCACAACACCUCCCCCAUGUUGUACCAUAUGCAUUAUAGCGGGUGGGUGGUGCUGUUGUGAUGUAUGUACGGCAGCAGCGGUGUACAGGCAGGAGGACACUCGGGCUAACUGCUGCCAUUGGUUGUACUUUAUGCAAACAGUAAUUGACGUAUUUUGUGUUCCUGGUGUAUCCUGGUGUAUAAGAAGAAGAGAGAGUAAUGUAUUGUAGGAGGUUGAGACGUGCACGGCGAGAAGGUGCACGAGUAGGAGAGAGAGACACUCGAAGAUGACCUCCCGGCCGGUGUGAAAUAACAAUGCCAUUCGUAUUCUAGGAAUAUAGACCGCUAUGUAUCCAAUGUAUGAGGUGUGGCUGAGAGGUGUGGCUGCAUUUCCAUGGUUGUCAUGUCCGGAGGCGCAGCCUGGUUGGUCGGCUGCCGUACGUGCACAGCAGGAGGAGGUGGAUAGGAGCUGUGGACCGAGGUCUGCUAGUUGCGGGGGCGGGGCGGGGGGCGGUGCAGCUGGUGCUCCUGUGCCGCAUGCUCGGGUUGUCGGUACGUAGCCGUGCGUUGCUUCCCCUAGGGGGCAGGGGAGCUGCCGUGCACACGUUUUUUUCCAGGGUGUGCACCUCCUAGUAAGGACGUGAGCGGUACUACAUGCGCCAAGAAAUGUAGCGAUAAAUAGUGGAUGGGCUAUCGCAUGCAAGUGUACGGCGGGAUGUGUACGGCGGUGGUGGUUGCGGCGCCACAGGGGGCGCUGGUCCUCCGGCGGCUGACCUCCGAGUUGGGCACCUGAGCACUUGUGUGCGGUAUCCCGUCUUACCCCGAGGCAGGGGUGGUCGUUCAGGAGCAUGUGUCAGUAUGAAGGAGAGAGUGUCCUUGUGUCCAGUGCUCAGGGAUCUAGGGAAAACCCACCCGACUCGGAAAGGAGGUUGGGAAAGGGCGGCGGUUGUUCUUGCUUCAUUUGAAUCAGGGCUAUAUUCCCCCCUGCUAUGCCGGUCUCGACAUCGGCUGCUGAGAGUGCUAGUAAUAACUGAUGACUGAAAGAGGCGGAAUUCCAAGCAUAAUUAGGCAUCCGUCUGCUCCUGCUCCUGCUCCUGCUGCUGCCGGCGAUGCGUUACUGAUGCUGCUGGUGACACAAACCGGUGGUGUUGCUCGCUGGGUCCUCCGCUUAGCGCGGGGGAGCGCUGGGGCUGGGCGAUGAGCUGUAGUGCGGGCUGCUGCUGCUGCUGCUGGCUCUCCGUACCGAGUAUAGCCGUAUGUAUUUAUUACCCGCACUAUACUAGAGCAGCUGGGGGUGGUGGUGUGGGCUUUGCGGAUAACCCUUGUUUUGCUGCAAUGUGUCCUAUACUCGCGUGUCCGUGUUCGUACUUCUAACCGUUUAAUGAACUUGUUACUCGCCAGCAUGCGCAGUGCCCGACAGUUGUCGAGGGGCAUACUACCCCGGUCCUCCCUGCCGUUCGUUGGUCCAAACUCGAAACGAACACGGCCGGCUGCUCCCAGGAGAGUUGAGGUUCAGGUGCUACCUGCCUGCCUGCCGGGCAUGUGGAAGUUUUGUGCUAGCUGCUGGAUAGGGGGGCAGUUCGCUACACAGCCGGUUGGAACAACGAUCCUGAGUGAUACCGAAAUAGAAAGCCGGAGCCCUAUUCCCUCCUUGCUCCGGAAGGCAGUCGCGACACGAAGGUAUGGACGACAAGGUCACGGAACUGUUGUACUGCUCUUGCCG